AUGUCCUCAGCGCAAAAGUACGAGGUGUUUGUGGACUCGUUUAUCUCGAAGCUCAAGCGCCGCCAGGUGACGGGGUCCUACAAUGUUGCCACGGCGACGUGCCGGCUUUUGAUGCGGGUGAUUUCGAGCGGCCGGUGGUCGAGCACCGCCGAGUUUAUUGAGCUGAUCAGAGGAGUGGGCACCAAGCUCAUCGAGGCCCAGCCGCGCGAGUUUGCCGCCGGAAACAUCGUGAGACGUGUUCUGGCGAUCAUCAGAGACGAGGUGAGCGAAACCACGGCCACCGACAUGGCCAAUAACGCUCCAUAUAACACGUCGAUGUUCCAGCUGCUCUCCACGACCCAGACCAACAAAAAUCCAUCCAACCAGCUCACCAAACAGCCAAACCAGGACCUGAGAUCGGUGGUAAUCCAGGGAAUUCGCGAACUAAUAGACGAGAUUGCUUCUGUGCACGAAAACAUCGAGUUGAUGACGGUGGAUCUCAUCCACGAGAACGAGGUGCUGUUGACUCCUACGCCCGGUUCGCAGACGGUGCUGAACUUCUUGCUCAAGGCCAGCCUGAAACGGAAGUUCACCGUGCUGAUCACCGAGUCGUACCCCAACGAUAUCCAGGAAUGUCACAAGUUUGCCGAGAAACUGGCCAAGAUGAACAUCGAGACCGUCAUCAUUCCAGACUCGAGCGUGUUUGCAGUCAUGUCGCGAGUCGGCAAGGUGCUCAUUGGCGCACGGUCUGUGUUUGCCAACGGCGGCUGUGUGACCGCAGCAGGAGUGGCUACCGUUUGCGAGUGCGCCAAAGAACACAGAACUCCUGUUUUCGCCGUGGCCGGUCUGUACAAGUUUUCUCCAACAUACCCCUUCGAUAGAGACUCAUUGAUCGAGGUCGGCAACUCGGGAAGAGUGCUGCCGUAUGAGGACAGCGAUCUUGUCGGCAAAUGCGAGGUCACCAACCCGCUAUUUGACUACGUUGUUCCAGAGCACAUUGACAUCUACAUCACCAAUAUUGGCGGCUUUUCGCCAAACUUCAUUUACCGAAUAGUCUUGGAUAACUACAAGGCCGAAGAUACCUUCGGUCACCUGUUCCGGCCAGCACGCGUGGUCAAAGAAGUUGGCGCCCGAGCAGAAGUUCACAAACAAUUUAGGGUCGUUGUUGGUGCUGUUGUAGCUCUUGGCGUUGUUGAUCAGGUUCUUGACGUACUCUGCCUUCUUUGGGAUAUCUUCCUCGGACUUGAUCUCACAGAAGUCUUGCACUCUGAACAGUCCUCUGUCGUCGUCGGUAGUGUUGUACGACCACGAGGAGGCAGGAAUACCGGUGGAGUUUUGUUUGUCGCCGUUUUGAACUCCAAACCGUCUGAAAAGAACAACCUUGCCUCUAACGUCUCUAAGGUUUGGCAAGUUGGUGUUCAGGUACCACUUGUCCUUGUUCUUGGAAAUGAAUCUGUCGCGGAUCACGUUGGCAAACUCGUCGUUCUGGUUGUCCCAGGUGCCGGAUCCUUCCUGCUUAAGAGACACAAUCACAAACUCGGACGGAUGCUUGUCGACAAAGCUGUACACCUCGUCGAGCAACUCGGUCAAUUUCACAGAGCCGAUUUCUCGAAAGACGAACGUCCAGGAACCGAACACCGUGCUCAAGCUGCUCUGUCACAGAAGCUCCCUGGCAUUGCACCGAAGGAAGAGCCGUGUGACACGCAGCAGAAUUGUGGGUUCCUGCAAGAGAAAGACGUGCGAUGUUGGUGUCGUCGGACACAGAUUUCAACCAAUUGGCGUAGUCGACCAUGUUUGCUGAUUUCUUACGGUUUCAAUCUAGCGGGUAAAACACUGCAAACGUCGAUAAGUAGUCCCACAGGCGAUUUAGAGUGGACCGGUUGGACUGGCUUGCUUACCACGACUCCAACAGGCACCUCUUUGAAGUAUGCGAACUGGGCCAGUUCGCCCGACUCUUUGAACUCCUCGAGUUGCUCUUUCGAGAAAGACUCGCCGGUUAUCACGUUGACAAGUCCCAAAUUGUUGAUUGUCAGGUCGUCCAAGGCAAUCAUGAAAAAUUUAAACGGUAAAUUAAAUCACAGACUGCGUUACCAUUAA